AUGGACCUGAGCUACAAAGCUCGCAAGGAGGCAUUUGUGUCUAAUCUUGCGGGAAGUACAAUCCUCGAAAUCAAUGCAGUCACCCUCGUUGCUUCAACAUCGGUGCUCCUUUGGUCCGCGCUUCAGUCCCGUCUAUCUUUCUUCAAGCCUUAUGGCCCCGCAGCACUUGUGACCGACUUCAUUCUCAAUGUAUUAGCCAUUUUAUUCGCAACGACCGCAUACUCCCCCGCGCCGCUUCUUCUCAAUAUCUUCCUCGUCUCCCCCGCCGUCCUCCUCUUUCUUACUCGCAAUGGUGUGCGCACACCCCAAAAAGCCAAACCCCCCCGCAAAUCCAAGGCCAGCAAUGAAAGCUCUCAAGAAGACCAGCUGGGUUUGCCCAUCCACCCAUUCUUGACCACAUAUCGCGCAGCUAUGAUGAUUGUUACCUGUGUCGCCAUUCUCGCUGUCGACUUUCGUGCAUUCCCACGUCGAUUUGCCAAGGUGGAGAACUGGGGAACCUCUCUGAUGGACCUGGGCGUGGGCUCCUUCGUGUUCUCCGCCGGAGUUGUUUCUGCGAGAGCAGUUUUAAAGGGUCGCAACUCCAAGUCACCGAAAUUGGCUUUGCACAAGAGAUUGAUUGGCUCGGCUCGACACUCUAUCCCUCUACUUGUGUUAGGCCUCAUUCGACUCUGGAGUGUCAAGGGAUUGGACUAUGCGGAACAUGUGACGGAGUAUGGCGUGCACUGGAACUUCUUUUUCACGCUUGGCUUUUUGCCCCCAUUCGUGGAGCUGUUUGAUUCCUUGGCCACUCUGAUCCCCGCCUAUGAGGUGCUUGCGCUUAUAGUUGCAGUGCUCUACCAAGUCGCUCUGGAGUCAACUGAUCUCAAGGGCUACAUUCUCGUGUCUCCCCGCGGGCCAGACUUGCUAUCGAAGAACCGCGAGGGAGUCUUCUCUUUCAUCGGCUAUUUUGCGAUCUUCCUCGCUGGACGGGGUGUUGGAGUCCGCAUCAUUCCUCGGGGUACAUCAGCCUCUAAGUCCCCCCAACAAGCGCGCAGCUCUGUCCUGAUGAGCUUGGUACUGCAAGCAAUGUUCUGGUCAACCAUGUUCUUUUUCAAUUCUACCUACGCGUUCGGCUAUGGUGCCAACAUCCCAGUGUCGCGUCGCCUUGCCAACAUGCCAUAUGUGCUCUGGGUGGCGGCAUUCAAUAGUGCGCAGCUUUUCCUGUUCUGCUUGACCGAGACUGUGUUCUUCCCCGCAGUGCACCGAGCGACUAAUAAGGAAGCCGAGGCAGAGCAGACGUCCUUCGCGACUAGUCGCAUUCUACACGCCUUCAACCGUGGAGGUCUCGCAUUGUUCCUCAUUGCCAACCUGCUUACUGGGGCAGUAAACCUAAGUGUUCCAACAUUGGAUCUCAACACACCCCAGGCCAUGGGCAUUUUGAUUGUCUAUGCGGCGGUGCUAACAGGCGCUGCUCUGGGGAUGGACAAGUACAACAUCAAGUUGAGCUUGUAG